AUGAGGGAGGGGAGCGCGGGCGGCCGCGGCGCCGAGAACCGGACCGGGGCCGAUCCCCCGCUGCACCUUUUCCCCGCGCCCGUCCUCACCGGCAUCACCGUCGCCUGCAUCCUCCUCUUUGUCAUCGGGAUCAUCGGCAACCUCAUGACCAUGCUGGUGGUGUCGCGGUUCCGGGACAUGAGGACCACCACCAACUUCUACUUGUCCAGCAUGGCCUUCUCCGACUUGCUGAUCUUUCUCUGCAUGCCCCUGGACCUCUUUCGCCUCUGGCAGUACCGGCCCUGGAACUUCGGGGACCUCCUGUGCAAGCUCUUCCAGUUCAUCAGCGAGAGCUGCACCUACUCCACCAUCCUCAACAUCACUGCUCUCAGCGUGGAGCGGUACGUGGCCAUCUGCUUUCCCCUCCGAGCUAAAGUCAUCAUCACCAAGAGGAAGGUCAAGCUGGUCAUCCUCUUCCUCUGGGCCAUCUCCUUCAUUAGUGCUGGACCCAUCUUUGUCUUGGUGGGGGUCGAGCAUGAGAACGGGACCAACCCCCUGAGCACCAACGAGUGCCGAGCCACGGAGUACGCCAUCCGCUCAGGGCUCCUCACCAUCAUGGUCUGGACCUCCAGCAUCUUCUUCUUCCUGCCUGUGUUUUGCCUGACCGUGCUAUACAGCCUCAUUGGGAGGAAGCUCUGGAGGAGGAAGAGAAAGAACAUCGGUCCAAACGCUGUCAUCAGGGAUAAGAACAACAAGCAAACUGUGAAAAUGUUAGUCGUGGUGGUGUUUGCUUUCAUCCUCUGCUGGUUGCCUUUUCACGUCGGACGGUAUUUAUUUUCCAAAUCCUUUGAAGCUGGAUCCUUGGAGAUAGCAGUCAUCAGCCAGUACUGCAACUUGGUGUCAUUUGUCCUCUUCUACCUUAGUGCAGCCAUCAACCCCAUCCUCUACAACAUCAUGUCCAAGAAGUACCGCGUGGCCGCUUGCCGGCUCUUUGGCCUCAAACCCCUCCCAAAGCAAAGACUUUCCAGCACCAAGCAGCAAAAUUCCCGGGUGUGGACAGAACCCAGUGUGGUGACAUGA